CGUCAGUUAGGCAACAUGGCUACAUCGGCGUGGCUGCGGGAGACAUCCGCGAUGCGGCUGACGGAGGGCCUGGUGUCGGUUCUGAAGGAGCAGCGUCCAGAGUACCUGCCCGCCCUGCUGGCCGGCUACAGGGAACAUGGCGUGUUCCAGACGCAGAGCGUGAGCGCCGUCGGGGGUCUCGUGGGGUUGAGCAAUGCCAAACUGGGCUCGGGCAAGACCAGGUCUGAGGGUCUCUGCCUCCUCUCCAUGAUGGUUAAGGACAGCUCCAGUGAGCUCUUCCAGCAGAACUGCAAUUCCUGGCUGCGUUCCCUGCAGCACGUCAUACAGUCCCAGUCUCCUGAGGAGACCAUCAAGCUGGCGGUGAGCACGCUGAAGGACCUGCUGCAGUACUCAUCCCAGCUGGCGCAGCUGGCCAGGGAGGUCGGCCUCAACUCCAUCCUGGGCCUCCUCACGUCUCUGCUGGCCCUCAAGAAGGAGUGUGAGCUGGCAGCCAUGGACGGCAUCAUGGCCUGUAUGACCUUCUACCCCAGAGCCUGUGGAUCCCUCAGGGGGAAACUGGGAGCAUAUUUCCUUUCCAAAAUGGACAGCACCAACAAGAAAACACAAGAGAUGGCCUGCCUGUGUUACAGCCGCCUGCCCUGUCUGGGGGGCCUGUUGGACAGAGGUGUCGGUGCCGGCAGAGCGGAGGGCUGGACCAAUCAGAUUCACUGCCUGCUGGCCUCAGCCGAUGGGCUGCUGGCUCAGAUCUACCACAGUUCAGAAACAGAUGGAGCGGUGCUGUACGAGGGGCCGGGCGUGGAGCUGGCCUUCCCUCACCUCGACCAGUCGGACCCGCUGCUGCUGCUGCAGCUUCAGGACCGAUACACAGCUGUCUGCCUGGCGCUCAAACACACACUCGGGGUGGAUCCGGCCUCCGCGGUCCGUCUGCCUGUCCGAAUAAUACUCAACCUGGUGUGCCGAGUCCUCGCUGUCAGCUCCAAGAGCAUAAAUUUAACAGGCGAUGGCAGCGUGCGGCUGAUGGUCUUACCCGUCAUACACACCAACACACUGGAGGUCUUAUCGGCUCUCAUCGCAGCUGUGCGUGGCGGCAUGAUCCAGUACGCCGCUGUGCUCCAGAGGCUCUUCUCUCAGACGCUGUCUGCCUGGACGCCUCAGCCUGAAGCCAGUCUGGGCCAGCAGAGAGCCUACAGCUCGGUGCGGGUGUCGGUGUACAGGACCUUGGAGCUGUGGGUCCAGGUGGCCGGAGCCUGCGGCGGCAUCCUGCAGGGGAGCCCCGGCCACUCCGAGCUCCUGUUCACUCACCUGCUCAGUGACAUCACACCGGGGGCGGAGUCUGUCAAGCUCCGGGCCGGACUGUCGGCGGACGCCGUCCCCGGAGGGAAGCCCGGCCCGCGGCGGACCAAACAUCUUGUGAUGGCCGACACCGCCGGGCCGUCGCUCCAGAGGAAAGGAGACCAGUUGGCCAAUCAGGACUCCUGUCUCUGGGCCCUCAGGGUGUUGAGGCAAGUCCUCCUGACCAGCGGCACGCUCCUGAAGGAUGACAUGCACAAGCGCCUCCAUGACGUGGUGCUGCCGCUGUGCGUGCGUCUGAAGCAGCAGCAGUCCAGCAGCAGCAUCCUGAGCGACGCCGCCGGCUGCGUCAGCGGGCAGUACAGCAGCGCCCUCCCCCGGCGAGAGCUGUACAGGUUGCUGCUGGCUCUGGUCCUGGUCCCGUCGCCCUGUUGGCCUCCGCCUCUCACCUGCGCCGUGUCCAUCCUCAGCAACGGACGCAACGACCGCAACCUCAAGGUCUCUACGUUCUGCUCUGAGGCGCUCACCGUCUGCAACUCCCUCCUCCACCCCCGCACUCCCUCCAUCGCCCUGCCCCUCCCCCCCCUCACCCUGAAGCCCAUCCCCACCGCCUCAGUCCUCCCCUCCUCCCAGACCGCUGGCCUCACUUUGCCCACGCUCCUCGGGGGCCCCGCCCCCGGUCCUCCCUUCCCCAGCCGCCACUCCCUCUGCAUGGGCCCCGCCUCCCUGCUGGGCUCUCUGGAGAACCACCUCUCCCUGGUGCCGGGGCUGCCGCCCGCCCCGGAAGACAUGAUCCUGUCCCACCAGCAGGACUCGGCCGGUCUGGGCCUCCCGGAGGGCCAGAGACCCGUGUUCGUCCGCUACGACCGAGAGGAAGCGGAGGACGUCGAGAUCUCUCUGGCCAGCGACUCUGACGACAGCGUGGUCAUCGUCCCGCCGGGGAUGCUCAACCUGGAGAACCAGCAGGAGGAGGCGGCGGCGGCGGCUCAGAACAUGUCCUCCGCUCCACCGGGAGGCGCCACAGCGGGAGGAGAGACGGUCGCCACCGUGCCCACCACGGCCACCGCGACCACGAUAGACAGGGUGUCGCUCCCCAAUGACCUCGCCGCCUCCUCCCCUCUCCUCACCACCUCCACCACGCAGAUCAACUCCUUCCCUCCUCCCAGCUCCUCGGUGGUCUCCCUGGUGCCCCCUUUGAAUUCCACCGCGCUCACCGCUCCGCCCGGCGGCGGCCUCGGGGACUCGCUACCCGGCCGACCUCAGCUCCAGCAGAUGCUGAUGCAGCCCUCGGCGGCGGGCCAGCCCGUCGCCAUGGGGAUGCCGCUCCAGAUGCACCAGCUGCAGAACCAGCUGGGCCAGCAAGGGCGCCACCUGCACCAGGCGCCGCCCGCCAGCAACGAGGACUCCGCCGUCAUCAACAUCAACAGCACCGACGACGAGGAGGAAGAGGAGGAGGACAUUGAGGAGGAUGAGGAUCUGGAUGAAGAAGAGGAGGACGAGGAGGAAGAGGAGGAUGUGAGCGAUUUCCCCGAGGACGACUUGUACAGCGGGGAGUAUGAUAAUUAUGACGAAGAAGAGGGGGAAGAGCUGGAAGAGGAGGAAGAGGAGGAGGAGGAUGAGGACGGGGACGGGGACAUACCUCCACUGGAGGGAGCGGAGGACAACGAUGGAGAGGCGGCUAUCGAGGGCGGGAAGGUGCUCCGGGCCGUGGUGGAUGAAGAGGGGAUGGCUGGGUUCAGCGUGGAGGGGGAAGCGGAAGGAGGCAUCGAGGAGAUCCAGACCAACAGAGCGCCGUUCGCCGAGGACCGGAUGAAGGUGCAGAAGGUGGAGAGCAUCGGCGUCCUGGAGGAGGCGCGGGAGGGGGAGGGCGACGAGAGCGAGAGGAUGGACGACCCCACCAUGCCCCAAAUCCUGUGCGUCACUGGGGGAACGCUGGAGGAGAGGGAGGAGCCCGAGGAGGAAGGAGGGGCCGCGGGGGAGGUGCUGCAGGAUGGGGCGGCGCCGUGGGAGCCGGCAGCCAAUGAGAUUGAGCCGACGGACGCCGCGGAAGGCGGCACAGCCAAUCGGUUUCAAGAGGAGUUGGCAGCCGAGCCGCCGCAGGAAGCCGGCGCGAUCAAUGAUAAACCGUCGCCGGCUCGCCAGGAGGAGCAGCUCGCCGUCCAGGAGGGAGACGCGGUGGUGACGGCGGGAGAGCCCGACACCUCCAGGGGGCGGAGCCCAAAAGAGACGGAGGAGAUGCCGGAGGAGGCCGAGAAGAGAGAGAGCGUGACAGCUGAGACUCAAGAGACGGAGGGAGGAGCAGGAGGAGACAGUGAUGCAGAGGAGGGGAAAGGACUGAAGAGGAAGAGGGAGGAGGAGCAGGAAGAGGCGGGGCUAGGCACUGAGAAGAAAAAGCAGGUCGAUGAUGAGGUCAUGGCGUCCAUGUUGGCGGACUUCGUCGCCUGUCCGCCGGAUGACGAAGACGGCGCAUCCGGAUCGACCCGCUCGUGAGGCAGACCUGGACCGGCGUGAUUGAAGUUGCCAUGGAUACAGAAGUUACUGCAUCACUUUGUGACAUUCCCAGGGGUUGGUUGCCUCCAGACAGCAGAUCGCUGCCCAUUGGUCUACAGACCAGCAUCCUACUCAUUGGUCUACAGACCAGCUCCCUGCCCAUUGGUCUACAGACCAGCAUCCUACUCAUUGGUCUACAGAGCAGCUCGCUGCCCGUUGGUCUACAGACCAUCUCAUUGGUGAAGAGACCAGCCUCAUACUUUUUCUUUUAGUGACAUCACCAGCUGGGAGCUCUUCACCGGUGAAGAAGUGUGUUUCCUUGGAUGUGUGUGUGCCUCUGUGCUCUCUCUGUUGUUUCACUGUCCUCUGCUUUGUAAUAAACAGUUAAUAAUUAUAAACAUCAAA